GCAGAUCAGAUGCAGAUCGGAUGCCUCUCACGGCGAGAGGUGCGGUGCUGGUGGCGGCGUACAGUACAGCCGAACUUCGACCGCAGGGCGAAUGCGGUGGACGAGUGCGUGCAAGUCAGUUAGAGGUCGGGCGGAGGCGGUUGGUCGCGGAUCAGAUUCAUGGGAACGAUGAAUGCCAUGCGAAGGUUGACUAUAAACGCCAUGCGCAGGCAACAUGGGAACUUCGCGCGAAGUGAAGGCAUCCGGAUCAUGCUCUGCGUUCCCGUGAAGCCAAAAGUCCAUGCUCACACCGUGGCCUCGCCCAAACCGUUAUUGCAUCGACAACAUCGUUUUUGCUAUCCACGGACUGCCUCGGAACUAGUUGCUGGCACUCAUGGCAGCUCGUGACGAUGUGUGCCCACCCUGCGUCUCACGUCACAAGCUCGUGAGCGCUGAUUGCAGUUCCCAAAUUCCUGUCUGACAGACAGUUCUAUCACAAGCAUGCAUGCAAAGAACUCCCUCCCUUCGGAAAAUGCAGUUUCAUGGAUCGCACGAGGCAUUCGUCGAUUCAGUAAUUCCCAACGUGUUUGAAAAAUUCUUGCUGUCUGUUGGAUUUGUCGUCUGUGAAAGCAAGUUGCAGAUUUCCACAAUUGGACGAGACUUCGAUCGCUCGAAGUUCUCGAGUUGGCACUCUGAGACGCAGCAUAUCGGACGGAAGAAUAUGAAGUCUCGAACCAUCGAGUGCAGAGCAGAGUGAUCGAAUCAUUUGCUCGGCAGAAGGGAGGUCGAAAUCCGACGAGCACGGGUCAAAAGCUGCGAUGGAAAAUCUGGAAGCUAUACUGGACGAUUUCGAGCACUUAGAAGAGGAAGGAAGGGCAGAUGCGCAAGCCGAUUUGAUGGUGGAGGAAGCUCUGAACCUCCAGCAAGCGGACGAAGAAGCUCUCGAGGCCGUUGAGAAGGUUGCUCAUGUCGCCCAGUCCAGUUUGAGGCGAUUGCAGCAGGUAGUGAAGGAGAAAGACGAGCUGAUCUCUGUUCUUCAAGAUGCGGUUGGGUCUUCCUACAAGAAGGCUCUGGAUCAACAGGAAAGCGAUCAGCAUGAUCUGGAGCUACUCCAUCAGUUGCUCCUCGCCCAGGAAGACCGCAGUAUUGAAGCAAUUACAGAUGCUCUGCAGACGGUUAUCAGGCAGCAGCCGUCGUCCGGGAACUCGUUGGCUGUGCAAAUCGCCCGGCUCUUUGAUCAGUAUUUGCACGAAAUUUCGAUCAAGCAUGAGCAAGAGACGGAAGACUUGCAAAGAAGCCUGGCCAUGUUUCACAACAGAUGCCAGGAAUUGGAGGACUCUCUGGACCAUGAGAAAAGAACUACAAAAUCGUACUUCCACGCACAGUUAGACGAGAAGACAGUUAAAUAUAUGAACACCAAAUCACAGUUGGAGAAAUCUGAAGAACUUGUGGAGGAUCUUAAGAGAGAACUCAAGGCGAAAGACGAGCAACUUAGAACUUAUGAAAAUUCUGUCCGCGAGCUAGAGAGAUUGUUAGAGGAGGAAAGAGCCAGAGAGCAGGAUCUGGCUUCGGAACACGAACGUAUAUGCACAGAAACUCGACGCUCACUGGGCCAGGUAUCCAAUGUCGGUCAACAACUCCAGAAACUUAAGGAGGAGACGCAUAAGUAUCAACAACAGGGACAACAAACUGAAUUUCAGUUCAGGACUUUACAAGAUAAAGUUGCAGCCCAAAAAGCCCUCAUACAUAAACUAGCUGUACAACUUGCAGCUUUGAGAAAGAAAACAAAGGUUCUCAAACCUCCACCCGCUGAAAUCACGACAACUGAAGGCCGUCAGGAGACCCGAAAACAGACACAGAUUCUCCAAAAUUGUAUAGAGAAACUGAGUGCGCAGAUUCUCGAGCUUGAAAAGGAACUGCGGGAAGUCAAGAAAGAGAGCGAUGAUCCUGCUUUCGAAAUCACUCAUGACAUCACGGUCACGGAUGAAACCAGAAUCUUGACACCACUUAGCUUGGCCGAGAAAUCUCUGGGCCUAGUACAACGUGAGACGAUGAACAAAUUACAGGCACAUGAGAAACUGACCAAAACAAUCGAACAACUUCAGAGAAGACUGAAGGCAGCAAAGUUAGAGCUGAAGAAAAGAGACAACGACAUGAGUGUAUCGGGAGCUACAAUCGAGCAGUUGCGAUUUGAACUCAGAAAGAGCAAAGAAACGGUGGAGCAGCUUCAAGAGAAAAAGCGCAAGAAAAUGGAGUCUGGUAAGAAGAAACCGACGGACUGCGUUCGAAUGAAAGGACUUCUGGAGAACAUUGAGAUGCUGGACAUGGAGAAUACAUUGUUGAAGCAUGAAGUCAUGGUUCAAAAGAACAGACGCAUAGCGAAGUUGGAGAGGGACCUGAAAAGAGCCCAAGGCCUUGACCUUAUAGCCGACGGAACACAGCUCGGAUGCUCCAAAGCCAUGAUCAUUGCGGAUGAAAAUGCUUGGGAGAAGGCCAAGAAAGACCUCGAAGACACCAUAGUCUCGAAAGACUCGUUGAUUCUCGAACUGCGGUUUGAAGUCGAUCAGGCCACGUGGAAACUCGGUCAGGUCGAAAAGAGGUUCAACAUCUUGUUCGGAGCUCUGGACUGCCAAAAGAUUGAGCUCAAUGCUCCCGUUGCCGAUACUCUUCUCGAGAACAUCUUCUCCUCUGACACAGGCCAGCUUUCCGUUCCAGCUCUCUCACUUCUACGGGAGAAGGUUCUCAGUCAGAGAGGAUUCUUACGCAGUGGCAGUAGGGAGAGAGAGCUCGAAGAUCUGGUGACCGCUCUCAUGAAAGUGGUGGAAAAAUUGAACAGCGAAAACGAGGCAUUGAAGUUGACUUGUGAAGACACCGUCAAACAGAUGGAGAAGAACAAGAAACUGAGAAAAGUUGUGAACGAACUUCAGAGCCAGAUUGGAAAGGUUGGAGGAAGUUCUCAAGAUGUCGCAGACCCAGAACAAAAGAGGCUAAUUUCAGGUCUCAGAGCGAAGCUGCAAAACUUGACGGAUGCUAAUGCCGGUCUCAUAAAAGCUUUGAGAGAGUCCGAAGACUUGUACUCAGGACUGAAGCAGAGGGUGCAUGAUCAGGAAUCGAAAGCGAGGAGAACAGAGUCCGGAUUGCCUCCAAGGCCAGGCAGACGAUUGUCCUUCUCAGAUGAAGGUCCGAACUUAUCGGAUCAAAAUAAGAGGUUAAAAACUCAGGCAGACACCAUCGAAAGAUUAGAAACGCAGCUUGCUGUUCGAGACGAAGAUGUUGCUGAAUUGAACAGGCAGCUUGAGAAGAAAGAUGACGAACUCGACCUACUUCAUGGAAAACUUUGGCUUCAAGAAUCCGCAGAAGAACCAACGGAGAACAUUUAUCAGAAGAAAGUCGACAUGUGGAGUGCUCAGGAAGCAAGAACCAAAUUCUCUGAUGUCAGGCUCUGUAGACCAGAAGAUUAUAUUGACACCGAAUUCAUUACAGAGAAUGAGUGGGAGUCACUGAAGGAAGAAAAUCGGAGGUUGAAGGUUGCAAAUGCAACUGAAUUUGGACCCCAGAUUUUUGAAGAUGUAUUGAACCUCAAGGAUCAGUUAGAAACAGCUACCAAGAUUUGUGAACGGUACGAAGAAUUGCUGAGAAUCUACUCACGACAAAUCGGAGUUCCCUUCGAGCCCUUGAGAAAAAAUAGAAGAUUUUAAUCAACAUCAGGUUGCAAUAGGAUUAGGGUGCAUUGUACUUUAAGUGAACCGAUCGAUGCCGUCAGUCGCAUUCACUUUUACGUGUAUGUACAUGAAAUUUAAAUUGUCACAGUUGGAUGGUUCUUGGAAAAAAAUAUCUUGCAGGGAAUCCGCCUGCUCUUGUUCUGGUGGUUUUUGCGAUAACCCAUGCAUACCCCUUACUCGAUUUUCCUGCAGUCAUUCGAUGCAUGAGCAGAACAGAGACACUACUAUUUCUACAUUGAAAAGAAUGUGCACUAUCUGAUUCUAUUCUAACUCAUCUUUUACCUGCAUACAAGUAGGCCUCAAAUGCAGAGAUUAUAUUUGAUUCAGAUGGUCUUACAAUUUCAAAUAUUAU